AUCAACCCUAUCCUUUAAACUGUCAAUGUCACAUGCAUUUUGUCAACACGUCAUCUUGCUUAUGCUGUCAAAUGUAAUAAAGUUUCAAAAAUACGCAAUAUUUCCUGAAUUUCUUGUGAAAUAGUGUUUAAUUUAAAAUGGUGCUUAUAGCGGCGACAGUUUGUACGAAAUCAGGGAAAGCCCUGGUAUCUCGACAGUUCGUCGAAAUGACGAAAGCACGUAUCGAAGGCUUGUUAACUGCCUUCCCUAAGCUAAUGACUGGCGGACGUCAGCAUACGUUUGUGGAAACUGAAUCUGUGAGAUAUGUAUACCAACCCUUGGAUAAGCUAUACAUGUUGCUAAUAACAACUAAAGCCAGUAAUAUUUUGGAGGACUUAGAAACACUGCGUUUAUUCAGUAGAGUGGUGCCAGAGUACUGCACACAGCUUACUGAAGCAGAAGUGUUGAACCAGGCAUUCAACUUGCUGUUCGCCUUUGAUGAGAUUGUUGCUCUUGGUUACAGGGAGAGUGUUAAUUUGGCGCAGGUACGCUCGUUUGUUGAGAUGGACUCCCAUGAAGAGAAAAUCUAUCAAGCUGUGAGACAGACGCAAGAGCGCGAAGCAGCCAAUCGUAUGCGUGAGCGUGCAAAGGAGCUGCAGAGGGAAAGACUGGAGGCGGCCAAGAGAGGACAACAGCCACGAUCUUCCAGCGGGUUUGGUAGUGGCUUUAGUAGUUCAUCGAUGUCGGCCUCGACGGCAACUGAACCGAUCACUGAAAAGAUACCCACCACGCCUGUCCGAGACACUCGUCCGUCAACCCGUUCGGCCAUGAAACUUGGUUCUCGAGGCACCGACGCGGAUUCCUUCGUGUCCCGCCUGAGGAGCGAGGGCGAUACUACCGCUUCAGCCGUGGCCACACCCGCUAAGAUUGAUAAAGCGCCUGUCGCUAACCAGAAGGAUGUGCAUUUGCGUUUCGAAGAGAGGCUCAAUUUGACCGCCGGGCGCGACGGUGACGUACAGAACUUCGAACUUUCAGGUUUGCUGACGUUACGUAUAAGCAACGAGCAGUUCGGGAAAAUUCACGUUCAUGUCGACAACAAGGACACCAGGCCAUUGCAAUUACAGACUCAUCCAAACGUGGAUAAGGAAGCGUUCAGAUCGGAAGGAGUGAUCCGUUUGAAGCAAGCGCAGCGCCCGUUCCCUCUUCACAGCGACGUCGGCGUGUUAAAAUGGCGUCUUACUCAUGCAGAUGCUGCGCCACUAUCGGUGAACUGUUGGCCGUCGGACGGCGCGGGCGGCGGAUGUGACGUCAACAUCGAGUACGAGUUAGAGCAGGAGCAUUUAGUGCUCUCCGACGUCAACAUCACCAUACCACUACCGUCUGGCAAUCCGUCGCUGGUGGUGCACCAAUGGGAAGGCAGCUACUUGCAGAAGGGCCGUAGCAUAAUCUGGAGUAUUCCUAUUAUCAACAGGCAGCAGAAAACUGGCACGCUGGAAUUUACGGUAACACCGGCCAUCCCCAACGACUUUUUCCCGUUGUCUGUAACGUGGACGUCCGACACGUCGCUUGCCCUCCUCACCGCGACCAAGGUGACGCAGGCCGACGACGCCUCAGCCGUAGACUACUCGCAGGAUAUCAGCUUCCAUGCAGACAAAUACGAAAUCGUGUAGUACUAGUAUAUCAAUUGUAUUAAUAUAUUCCGUGUAUUUCAGAUUUAUGCUAAAUAAAUGAUUAUUAUACUAU